GGUCACCGUACAGCACGGUCAGCGUGACUACGGUGACUGUCAAGGGGGGCGGCGCAACAGAAAUUAAUAGAAAUGCUGUAAGUUAAGUUUUAGCUGGUCUCGUAACAUCUAAAAAUGAGCGCUGCUGACAUGAAGAUUAUCACUGUGAUUGGCAGUGGGCUGAUAGGCCGCUCCUGGGCUAUGCUGUUUGUCAGUGGAGGCUACAAUGUGAAGAUCUAUGACAACCAACCAGGACAGUCUGCCAGGGCCAUCGCAGAGAUCAAGAAACAGCUGGUGGAGCUGGAGGAAGCCCACAUGCUGCGAGGGGAGCUGUCUGCUGCGCAGCAACUUGCCCUUCUCAGCAGUUAUGAUGACCUGUCUCAGGCGCUGGAUGGAGCCUUCUUUGUGCAGGAAUGUGUAUUUGAGCAGCUGGAGGUAAAGCAGAGCAUCUUCCAUGACAUGGAGCGUUUCGUGGGAAAAGACGUCAUCCUGAGCAGCUCCACAUCCUGCCUAGUGCCCAGCAAAGUCUUCUCUAAAGUCCAGAAUAGGAGUCGCUGCCUCGUCUCUCAUCCGGUAAACCCACCCUACUAUGUAAAACUGGUGGAGCUGGUACCUCACCCAGAGACAGCGGCAGCCGUUAUGGACACCACCCAUGCUCUGAUGACCAAGGUUGGCCAGGCACCUGUCCUUCUGAAAAAAGAGAUCGAUGGCUUUGCCCUAAACAGAGUUCAAGCUGCCAUUAUUGCAGAGUCAUGGAGACUAGUUCAGGAUGGUGUUAUCUCGGUAAAGGACAUCGACCUGGUGAUGUCAGAGGGACUAGGAAUGCGUUACGCCUUCAUAGGUCCCAUGGAAACAAUGCACCUCAAUGCACCUAAAGGUUUGGAAGACUACAUGAGCCGAUAUAGUGAAAAUAUAACGAGGGUUCUGUCUUCCUUUGGGCCUGGUCCUUGUUUUUCAGGGCUUUUCCUUCUGUCCCGUCCACAGGAGAUGUGCGAGCUGAUUCCCUGUGACCAGCAGCAUCUGUCAGCCAGGCAGGAGAGGAGGGACCAGUUCCUCAUGCGUCUGGCCAAGCUGAAGAAGGACUAAUAAGCUCAGGGGCCAAACUCAAGAAUAGUUCUCACAACGACUGCUGGCUGAGGACAUUUUAUUCGUUCUCAGUAACGGCAUAAACUCAGUAAUUUUGAGAUUUGUUAAACUUCUCUUACUUUAUUAAAUGUAAUGCCAGUGGAAACCCCAACUUGAAUUAGGUAGAAAUGUGAUUGUUGAGUUCAACAUGUAAUGAAGACCUUUUUUUUUAAACAGGCAUACCUUGACUGAAAAACAGCACUUUUUUUUAAAAUCAAUGAUCAAUCUUCCUUAUAUGAUGAAUACUACCAGUAUUAGAACAUAACUCUUGAUUACUACUUCUUAUGAAUACAAUUUUAACCAAUCUUUUGUUUUUUCUAAAUCUACAGCACGUUUUAACUUUUACUCUACAUCUUGGUUACAAAACCGACUGUGGUAAAAUGUGAAAAACAAUGAUCUCAUUCAGCCACAUUAAUGGUCUCUUGUGUAAACAAAUUUCUUGAAAAUGUGAAUCAGUGUUUUGAUUAAUAAAAAGAACACAAUAACGCA